AUGGGUGUUCUCUUCAAGAAUAUGAAGAGUUCUGUAGCCAUCCGGCAGUACCCAGCUCCCACCAUGUCCAAUAAAUGGUGCGACCACAAGACUAAACAUGGGUGCACCGCCAUGGUCACUGCCGGUAUCGCACUUUGCGACCAUUGUCAGGAUGGACACUGCGGAUUCGUCGAUAGUCAGCAGACUUGA